AUGCAGAUCAAGGCUCUUCUCCUCACUCCUCUCGUCGCCGCCGGCGUCGUCUCCGCCGCCCCCAAGGCCACCACCCCCAAGAACACCUACUUCAACGCCCUCGCCCUCCGCUCCGCCUCUCCCGUCCACUUCAACUACAUCCAGGCUUCCAAGGAGUCUUUCGCUCUGAAGCUCAAGGACCAGGGCGCCAGCUGCGACGACCAGAAGAAGCACAACGAGGUCACCUUCCACCUCCAGGGCGACCAGCUCUGGCUCCACUCCCUCGGCAACCCUGGCCAGCAGGCCUACGUCGAUUUCUCCGGCAUGGGUCAGGGCAAGUUCGGUUACACCACUGGUGCCCAGCCCAUGCCCCGUAACGCUCAGCGCGGCGGCUGGGAGAUCUCUAAGGAUGGUAUCCUUACCAACGGUGGCUCCAACUUUGUUGCCUGCCCCAACAGCAAGAACCUUCAGAAGGCUUCUUGGUCUGUCUGGGUUUACAACUCCGUCGACAACCCCGGUGGCAACAAGAACUGUGUUCCCUUCACCGUCAAGGCUGCUCCCGUCAAGAAGCCUGUCGGCUGCAUGUACUCUGCCAUCCAGCCCAGCGAGUAA